AUGCCACUCAUCUUAUGCGCUGCUAAACAUGCGGACGCCAUCCGAAUCUCCGAUAUCCACAUGGCCGCAUUCGGCUCCAACGCGAUGCUGAUAACGCAGUUCCCCACAGCUGCCGUUCGGGAUGCGCUCAGGAAAAGUAUAGAAUUAAAAGCUCGAGCCGACAUAGACGAUCCAAAGACCACCGUCCUCGUCGUUCGAGAUUGCGCCUCGGAAUAUAUAAGCAACAAUUCCGAAUUAGCGGGCACUGAGCCAAAUCUUCAACGUCAAGCAAACGGCAAGGUGAUCGCUUUUGCCAAGUGGGCACAUCCUGUGUUAACAAACGAGGACUAUACUGAACCACCUUGGAUUUGGCCAACAGGAACGGACUUCAAGAUUCUUGAUGGUUGGACUAGAAAGUCCGAAGAGGCACAAUUCCGUGCGAUAGGAGAUGCACCAUGUUAUCGUCUCACUUUCAUGGGUACCGAUCCAGAAUACAGAGGCCGGGGCGCCGCAACGAUGAUGGUCCGAUGGGGAAUGGAACAAUGCAAACAGGAUAACGUUCCUGCAUAUUUGGAAAGUACUCUCGAGGCAGCUGAUUUCUAUCGAAAACUUGGAUUUAUCGACAAGGAAACAUUCACAUUGGCGUACGAAGAAACUGACUCCAAAUUGCCCGGAGUUUACGAGGAGAUCAGCUUUACCUACCAGCAAUGA